GGUCCCAAAACAGUGUUUUUCUGGGCACCUAUUAUGAAAUGGGGUUUGGUAUGUGCUGGAAUGGCUGACAUGACCAGACCAGCAGAAAAGCUCAGCACAGCACAGUCUGCAGUACUAAUGGCCACAGGCCUUAUUUGGUCAAGGUACUCUCUAGUUAUUAUUCCGAAAAAUUGGAGUCUGUUUGCUGUGAACUUCUUUGUUGGCUGCGCUGGUGGCUCUCAACUCUUCCGAAUAUGGAG